GUUUGUUAUUUUGCUGAAAUGGCGUUAGCAGCUAGCUAAGAAGAUUUCGUUUGGGCUCUUAAAAUAAAAGCGGGCUGAGGUUUGUUGUGGAAAUGUUGCCGCUGUAUCGGCAUGGAAAACGAGAAGGUGGCUUUUAGCAAAAGUGAGGCAUCAGUGGCAGGUCCAGAGUCCUCUCUGUCCUGGUGCCUGUCUCAGCUCCAAAAAGCAGAAAGCACGGUGAAGGGUGCCGGCCAUAGCGCCGAAGCGGAUGCAAAGGAAAGUUCGAGGAAAGCCCGGGCUGCACUUUGGAGGGCUUUGGUAGCCAUUCGAACGCAGCACACAAAAGGCGGCAACGCAGGCGUCGGCCGCUUCCGCACACGUGGUGGGCUGAGUCCUCUCCUGAAACUGCUACGCCGCUCAACGUGUGAUAGGAAGACUCUUGACCUGGCACUCAGCAUCCUGGCCAACUGCUGCACGGAGAGCGAGACACGAGUUGAGGUGCGGAAACUAAACGGAAUAUCUGUAGUGGUGGAGAUCCUUAAGAAUGUUACUGUGGAAACAGUCCGGAACCGUGCUGCACGCGCCUUGGGAAACCUGGCCAUUGACCCUGAGAACUCCGCGCUCAUCCAUUCAGCCGGUGGUGUGCCACUCCUCCUCCAAUGCCUCCCUGUGUCUAGCCUUCCCUUGGCUUCUCCCACUCUGACCUCAGCACUUUCGAAAACUGCUCAGCUGGAGUGCACGCAGUCUGCAGCCCGUGCGCUACUGUACCUCUCAGACACCCCGUCCAACCGGCUUUCGUUGCUGGUACAGGGUGCCUUCCCUGCUCUGGCUCAGCUACUUGCCCCCGAAUAUCCCCAUGCGCUGCGGCGGGCUUCUCUGCGGGCCUUGCAUGAACUGACAAAGGGUUGUGGGGUCGAGUGCGCCAGGGAGGCGGUACGGUCCGGGGCACUGACUCAGCUGGGGGAUCUGGCCUUGGGAGGGACCGAGGAGCCAUUGGCAGAACUUGCUCUGAAGAUCUUGGCCAACCUGUGCUCCCAAGGCAGCCUCCGCCCUCACAUUGGGUCGGUAGGGGUGAUCCCAAAGUUUGUUCAGGAGGUGAAGAACGAUCUUCCAAAAUCCGGGCUGUUCUUUCGAGCCCUCUGUUUGUGCUGCAAGGAGGCAGUUAACAGGGUCAAAGUGAAAGAGAGUGGCGGACUGGAGGUUUUGAUGGCCUCUCUUGCUGUGUCUCAGAGUCACCCCUUUACCCGAUUAGCUAUUUUGGCAUUUGUUGACUUUGUGUAUGAUGAAGCGGCACUGGAGCACCUCCAGGGACUGGGGCUCGUGUCGUUACUCGUGGCCAGACUGGUAGCGCUGGCCAAAGGGGAGUGCUCGAUGGCGGAAGCAUCAGACACACCUUCUGCGUCCUCGUCCUCUGACCCGAUGUCUAAUUCCUGUUUUGAGUCCUUUGAUUUUCCACCACUUGAGAUGAGCAGAAAGGAUGAAGGAGGAAAGGAGUAUGGACAGGAGUCAUCCAGUUUCCUCAGCUUGAGGUCCUGGCUACUGUCCGAAGGGUUGAUCUCCUGUGAGGGGGAGCUGCAGGCCCCUUCAGGGAGUGGAGAGGGAGAGCCAGGCAGCUCUCCUGCUACUCCUCUCUCUGAUAGGCUUUCCCUUCUCACUGGCCUCUCUACAUCUAUGACUUCUCCUACCUCCUGUACACCUGGCCUGAAGAGCACCAGCACAUCUCCUUGCAAACAAUUUCCCGUCUCCACCUCAACCCCAAAAAGCUCUCUUAACUAUGCUUCGGUCUUUCGGCCAACACCUCCAUCUCCUUCUAAAGCUUCCUCACCCAAGAAAAAACCCAGGCAUAUUCUAGCCUCAUCUCCUACUGAGACUCCUCCCACACUGAAAGGCCCUACUUAUCACCACCCUUACCAUCCUGAGCCAUGGACAGCUGAGUCACCCAUUUUACUCUUGCUGUCUCGCUUCUCCCAGUCUGUGGACCCCAGUUCAGCCCUGAUAAACUCGGGCACCAUCUCUGGCCUACUGUACUACCUCACACAUCACACGGACCCCAGCAGCAGGUGCUUCCGUGUGCUGUGCCGCUUGAGUUGUAACCCCAACUGUUUGGAGGGCUUGGUGAGAACCGGGUCAGUUGCUCUGAUCUGGUACCGCUUAUGUCUGCAGGAAGGACAAGAAGAAAAGAAGGGACAGACGGGUAGGGUGAAGGCCAAGGUUCGACAGCUCGGUAAUGCUGUGCUGAAUAACCUGCGAGUACAGGGUGAGUCCAGUUUUGGCUCGGGAGUGCUCACCCACAUCAUGCUGUCUGGUUCGGACACAGACAAACUCUACUGCACCUUGGCCCUGCCACUGAUUAACCGCAACAAAGCUCUCCUCAGGAAACUGCUGAUGGACCACGGGGGUUUGCAGCUGGCUUUUGAAGCCCUCAGUUCUCUCGGAGAUGAUGAUGAUCAGAUCAUUGGGAGGUGGGGGGCCCUUUCCAGUUGGCUCCAAACCCCUCAACCUCCAUCUUUCUCCCACCUUUGCUCACUCUACUUCUCUCUGCUCACCGAAUGCCUGUUGAAUCUUCUUGGAUGUCCCACAUUGGAACUGAACAUGGAUAUCGAAUUUAAGUCAGGGAGUUUACCAGCACUGAGCAGUCCCAGGCUACGGAAAGGGCAAACCGCUGAGCCCCCUCCUGUCAAGAAACAGUGUCCUGCCCCCUCUUGCCCUUACCUCGACUCCAAGUUUGACCUCAUUUUUCUGCUGGAUGACAGCACCCAGGUUCCAGCAAACACUGAAGCAAUAGCAGGGGAUGGUGAAGGCGAGGCCGGGUCUGAGUACUUCAGGGCGCUUCUGAGGGGUGGAUUUUGGGAAGCUAGGCAAAAUUCAGGCCAGAGAAUCCCGAUGAAGGAUGUCACAUCUCACAUGCUUCUGCCUGUUCUGCACUACCUGCAUGGCUGCUCUGUGAGUAGUGCAGUAGAAGAAGAGGACCAAAAGGCAGAUGCCCAGGUGAGGGCAGGUUCUGGGCAUUGUCAGAUUCUGGGUGCUUUGACUUGUGGGGUGCUGAGAGGGUGGAAGCAGAAAAGAGGAAUGGAAACGGAUUCAUACAAGGAGGGACUAUUCCCAAAGACCCCCUUAGCUGAAGCCAUGAAGGGAGCAAACAUGUUUCUGGUGUCUGGGCUACAAAGGGAACUUGAGGAUUUGGUCGUGUCCGUGUUACUCUCUUUAGCAGGUUCACAGCCUCUGCUUCCGCUUCCGGAUACUCCCAGUCUUCCGAAAGGUUCUGACCUACCGUCACUUCAUAAGUCGCAGGGUAGAUCCGAACAGGACUGUAGGACACAGUCGGUCGGGGAGAGUGCAGUGGAGAUUUUUUCCAGAACAGAGUCGGAAGAACAACUGAGCUUUGAGCACGUUGGGAAGUUUAAGGCACCGGCAGAAGUCAAGAUGCGGCGUGAGGAGAAGGGCUGCGAUUCCAAACCGGAAAGCCGACAUCAAAGGAAACCAAGCUUUCUCAUAGGGACUGGCUGUGAAAGAGGACCGGAUGGACAGCAGACGUCACAACGGAGUUCUGCAUUAAAAUCCAAACGUGACGGUAAAGCCUGUUGUGUGGCUGACGACUAUUCCCAGCUGGAAAUAGCUUUGGGUUCCUGGUUGAAUUCUGAACUGGUGUUUGAAUCUGAUGGGAAGUUUGGGGAUGUGGUCAGUGCUGCAGUGGAUGGGGGUGCAUCAGACAGCUCUGAAUUGCAGUGCGCAUCUCUGUGGACACUGAGCCCCAAGAUGGCCACAAAGGCAGACUGCAGCUUGGAGACGCUGCUGAAUUUACGUUCGGGUUCGGGUUCGAAGUUGCUUUGCAGGAGGGACCAGAGGAAAAACAGGCAGCUGGAAACAACAACCCAGCUGUGCCACAGCUCUCAAUGCAGUUUUGGCUCAGAUUUGAUUGACAUUUACAGCGAUGUGUGUUCCUGCUGCUGUACGCAUGCCACACCAGAUGCCAAAUUCCAAAGGAACUUGAGCCAAACGUCGGGCCGGGACAGCAGCACGUACUCCACGACCAACCAAAGUUCCUCCGACCCCAAAGCAGCCAGAGUUGCAGAACCUAAGGCAGGCAAGGAUGCGAGACAAGUGUCCAGAGAGGAAAGUGUGAGCGCCGAGCGCCCGAGGCUUGACUCCGCGUCCGACACAGGUGAACGGAGUUGGCCCCUGGGGACUUGUCUGCCCCCUUUGUACCGCUUUGCUCAGCUGCACGGUUAUACGCGACUGGCCCGGACAUGCCUCUCCGUCCUGCUGCGGCCACAACGGUGCAGUCGGCGUCCCCCUGCCUCCGUCACAGCCGACUGCCUGCGUCAGCUCGCUGAGCAAGAGGACUGCGUGGAGGGCCUCAAACAGGACCUGCUGGCCCUUGCUGCCCAGGUGCUCAACUGAUGAAGCUCUUCUGCAGAGGCAGCACCUCUCCUUGUGACACCAUAGCCUUGGCAAUAUAGAUGUAAGUUGUUAGUACUUUAUUCCCCAUAGAGAGACUGGUUUCUACUAGACAAUAUGAUACAGUAAAGUUUAAGCCGUAGAAUGUGUAAUUUUUCUUGUAAUUCUAGCUUCUGAGAGAGGAAUUUAACAAAAUUCUAUGUAACAGUAAUAUGAUAGGGAUAAUGCACAUUUUUUGUACUUUUUUAAUUUUAUUUUGUGCAGGAUAUUAGUCCCUUACUGUAAAUUUUCUGUUUAAUAGAGGCCACGUUAGAGUGGUUUAUAUUGUAAAUUCUAUACUGUUUACAGAGAGAGGAGGAGGUAAUGAGGAUUAUUCUCCCUUUUGACAGUUUAAGUUCUGAAUAAAUGACCAUUAAGGUG